AUGACUUCUCCAUUUGAGCUAAUCAAAGUCCGAAAACAAGUGGCUGCUGCAUCAGGGGCUCCAAAUGGUACCGCUGUUGCAGAAGCCGCAUCGGUUUCACCAAUGAUCACAAAACUGCUUAGAAGAUACACACUCGAGAUUAAGUCACUGACACAGACAUCACAGCCGCAUGUAAGAGUAUCCAUGAAUGAUGACUGGAACAGGAAACCCACCAUCAGCCACGGAUCUGCAGCAUCCCAUAGCUUUGACACGGCAAGAAUACGAGCACAGUGUGUUAUAUUGCCAAAGUAUACAGCGAAAGAGAGGAAGUUUCUGAAAUGGAACAACCCGGGAAAGAGAUUAGAGAGAUGGAAAGGGAUCCAUCAUACAGACAGAAACCUCGGAAUUGGGAAAUAA